CUCCCUCUUUCUCUCUCAUUAUGAUAUCACCAUCGCCAUCAUUAUGUUUCACAUUCAUAAUCAUAUAAGUGUCACAUUGGAUGAUUGGUUAACAUCAACACCAGGAACAAUCAAAACAAUAACUUUAAGAUUAAAUGUUUUACUUUUUCCACUGAUAACAAACCUUCAAUCAGUUUUAAUUGUUUCAUCUAUUUGAUUAACAUGUAUUAUCUUGCUUCUUGAUUACCAUUUAUCAUCAUCAUCAUCAUCAACAGCAAAACCAGUAACUCGUCAGUAACAUCAUGGUAAUCAUCAUGUUAAUCAUUUAAAACUGUGAAAAAAAAAGUUAAACGUUCAACCUUUUGUUUCUUGUAUAUCUGAUAGAUUUGAUACUUUAAAUCAUUUCAACAUAUAAUUAACUCAAAGUAAAUACUUGAUUAUCAUUAAUUAUUAUCAACUAAAUCAACUAGAUUAUGCUGCCAUCUUUAAUUUACUAGAAUCAUUUUCUAUCAACAACAAAAACGAUUCUCUCGUUAAUAAUAAUACUUAACAAUUAACAAGCUCAACAGUAAAACAUUAAAACUGUUAAUUGUAUCUCAAUGUGAUUCGGAUCAUUUUUGUUUGUUAAAUUGCUUCGCAAUUGUGAUGUACCAUUAAAUAUACAUUAACCUUAAUUGUUACUCCUUCUCAAUCUAGUCUUAAUUUACUCUGUGAUUAAAUCAUCCAAUUAUCAGAAAUCAAGAAUUAAUUGUUCUCCUCUUAAUCUCUCAUUCUCUUCUCUGUUUAACCAACUUUUCGGUGUGAAAAUCGAUGUAAUUUAUUAACUGGAUUAAAAAUCAACAAGUUGAUUCACAAUCAUCAUCAAUAUUAUCAUACAGUUGAUUUUGGCUUUGGUUUUCAAGUGAAUACUACAAAGUGAUUGUUUCAAGUGCACUUUUUGUUUUGUUUCCCGGAAGUAUUAAUUUUCCUUAAAUGUGAAUAAUUGUUCAUCGAAUUGUUUAUCAUCACCAGGAAGCCAAAAAUUUGAAUAUUGAUCAUCAUUAUCAUGGGUUGUACACCAAGUAGCCGAAGGUCUCGAACAGAAACUGAACUUAAAUACAGUUGUCCCAAUGAAACAUCAAAUGAGGAAAUUAUUGGUAACAAUCAAACUGAUUCAUCUAAUUGUUCACAGAAAAAUUCUGAAGGGAAACCAUUUCUUCCUAUGACUUAUUAUGAUAACAAUAAGGACUUAAAUUGUAAGGACUUAUCGCCAAAAAGCAAAGAUAAUAAUACGCUCAAAUUAGGAUCAAUGUGCCUUUCGAUGCCUCAAUUAAAGGUUAUGAAUGUUUUGAUGGCAACACAAGAAAACAGUCCAAUCCUUUUGGCUCAAACAUUGGAAAAAGUUGUUGAAAUAUUGAAAAACACUGAUGUUCAUUCACCAACAUUAACAGGGUUUCCACCAUCAAAAGCUGAUGAUCAGUUAACUAAUGAUCUAUUAACUGGUUUAAUUCACAGUAACAAGGCAACUGGAAUGAGGCGAAUGUCAUAUGAACAAGUUGUUCGUAAAAAUAGUUCUGGUCUAUUACAAAGUCCAACCUCGAAUCCAAACUUUUCAAAUCUUCCUGAAAACUUAAAGAAAACGUUUGACCUUCAAUGGACAUGGGAUUUCAAUAUAAUCGAAUUAGAAAGACUUACUGAGAAAAGGCCACUUUUUUUUCUUGGAUUAUCAAUAUUAUCUUCAUUCAAUGUCUGUUCAAAUUUAAAUUGUGAUGAAUUAACUUUACGCAAUUGGCUUGUGGUGGUUGAAUCACAUUAUCGGGAUAAUCCAUAUCAUAAUUCAACUCAUGCAGCUGAUGUUAUGCAAGCGACAUCAUAUUUCCUGAGGAAACCUCGAUUGAAAUCAAUAUUUGACCCACUAGACGAAGUGAUCAGCCUGAUUUCAGCGAUAAUUCAUGAUAUCGAUCAUCCAGGAAAAUCUUCCGCUUUUCUUUGCAAUUCACAUAAUGAACUCGCCAUACUUUAUAAUGAUAUAUCCGUUCUCGAAAGUCAUCAUGCAGCUCAAGCAUUUAAAUUAACACUUUCAGAUGAUCAGAUUAAUAUAUUUAAAAAUCUUGAUCGUGAUACGUACAAAGAGGUUCGUCAAUCAAUAAUCGAUAUGGUUCUAGCUACAGAGAUGACCAAACAUUUUGAACAUUUAUCCAAAUUCAUAAGUGUCCUAAUCGAUCCGUUUAAAAUGGUUAAAUCAACAAACCAAACAAAUUCUAAUGAUAUUGAUCAACCACAAAGUUCAGAUAGUUCAAUGGUUAAUCAAGAUUCCCUUGAUAUAUCAGGAUCUCCAGAAAAUAUCGUCAUAAUUAAGCGUAUGUUGAUUAAAUGUGCUGAUGUUUGCAAUCCAACUCGACCAUUGGUCAUUUGUAAUACAUGGGCCCAAAGGAUAGCAGAAGAGUAUUGUAAUCAGACUGAUGAGGAAAAAGCAUUAGGACUUCCGGUUGUUAUGCCAGCUUAUGAUAGAGCGACUUGUAGUAUACCCAAGUCCCAGAUCGGUUUCAUAGAUUUCUUUGUCCAUGAUAUGUUUGAAGCUUGGGAUGCAUUUGGUGAUUUUCCAGAAUUAAUGGAUAACUUGAGUAAAAAUUAUAACCAUUAUAAAGAUGAAGAGCAUAAGGAAGCCGAGAGAAAAGAAUUGACCAAAAAAAAUUCUAACAAAGAGAUUAUAUCAAAAACGAAGCAAGCUAAUUGCAACGAAAUUAUUUCAACAGAAUCAAAUGUAACAUUGGAAGCAAAAGAAUAGAUUUUAUCGAAAUAUAUCAAAAUAUAUUUUAUAAAAUUCUGUUUCUGAUAAAAUUACUGAUUCUGGUGCUUUAUGAUACAACCCAAACGAUAAAUUAAACUGAAUGAUUAGAGAAACAAAGAAUCGUCAACUUGGACUAAUAAAUUCUAUCAGUUGGAAUGGUUAUAAAAGAAAAAGAUGAAGACGGUGAAAGAAAUUCUCUGAGAACCAUGGAAAAGGAAUUGGAUUAAUGGAUUUAAAAGUCGAACAGAGAAAAAAGGAACUGAUAUUUUAUUCUAGUCUAUCGUUGUUGCCGAUGGUUAAUAUCACAGAGAGAGAGAGAGAGGAGAGAGAAAAUAUCGACACAAGAAUUAGCGAAAGAACAACAACUGAACGUCAAAGAAAAAGAAUUGAACACAAAACGACCGAUUCGUUGUUCGAGUUUAACUUGGUUCUUCUAAUCGUUUUUUUUUCUUCUAUUCUCUUUCGUAUCAACCAAAUUGCUAUUUGAUUCUGCGAUUUUAUCGGAGAGAAAGAGAGUGACCAGAGUUUCCAAUUCUAAAUGAAACAAGAUAACCUUUGUGUACCUCUGGAAGCGAUAACUUUUUGUUCAUUUUGAAUUUGAAUUCAAAUUCAUGAGACAAGAUUAAUCAUGUUCAUCUUCAUCCCAAUCGCAUCUCUUAAUAAUCAUCAUCAAUUUCAUUAUAUUUUUGUUAAAUGAAUCAAAACAACAAUUGAAUUCAAUGUUUGAUAAUAUUUGAAAGGAAAACAAUACAAACCAACAAACUCUCAUCAUGAAAAGCCACAACAUUUGUAACUAUUAAUUGUUAAUUCAUUGUUGAUUGUACCAUUAUCAUCAUCAUGAACUAAUCACAAUCGCUCUUAGACAUAUUUUAAUCAUCUCACUGAUUUUAUCUUGUUAAUUAUAUCACCAGAAGAAGAUGACAAACAAAAACGUUAAUUGUAAAAUGAGAAGAAUCAAAAACAAGUGACAAUUUAAAUGGUCUAAUCUGUUUCUCUUGUUUCUUGUUUCUUUUCUUUUCUUUUCUUCAUCAAUUCAUCAAAUUAAUUAAUUAAUUAUCUAAUUAAUCAUCGUUAGAAUUGUUCAUCGUUGUUAUGGCCACGAAAAAAAAAGAAAGAAAAAGAAACCAAAUUAACAAAGAAAGAGAGAGAAAAAUAAAAAAGUUUUUCUUUCGACUUCAA